AUGAGCUUUCGCCAGGCCACUCCGCGCUGCGAAACGGGAGCGACGUACGCCAAGUGCUGCCUUCCCCGUGACCAGUGGUCCACUCUUGCUGCUGCUGCUGCUGCUGCUGCUGCUGCUGCUGCUGCUGCUGCUGCUGCAGAUAAUCGUCGCUGGAGGCUGCGACUCGCGGCGGACAGUCCAGCGCUGCUACAAGUGAGCAGCAGACAGGCAGCAGGCCCUCCUUUGCAAGUUAAUGGACUUAUUAUUUCUCCAUUUCGUUUUCCUCUCAGUGACGUUUGGCAAUUAGAUGCAAAGACUUACACCUGGACUGUCUUGUCUGCUGGGGACCCAAAAUUUGCCCCUCGCGAGCGCCACGGGGCUGUGCUUUUGAAGGGCGUGGCCUGCGAAAUUGAUAUUUGGGGAGAAGAGGAAAGGGCCAGGAGGGCCAAAGGGAUUAAACGCCGGUCUCCUGAACACCCAACUCCAGACUUGUCGAAGCUCAUAGACUUCGACUUGCGAGAGCAGACAACUGCAGCAACUGCAGCAGCUGCAGCAGCUGCAGCAGCUGCAGCAGCUGUCGGUGGCAGCAAAACUGCUAGGGCUCUCAUUUUCGAGCUUCAGGAACAGCUGCCUUCGAUUUCCACUUCCGUGCGAGUAGCCAUGGCCCCUGUGUCGCUUUUUGUGGCCCUCGGCACGUUGUAUACAAUGUACAGUAUCAACAAGUCUCGCAUGUGA